AUGACGGCGGAUAUCGGCUUCAUCGGUGUGUGUGCUCGACGGAAGUCAUUAAAUAACGACGAAUUAACAGACAUAGGUAUCGGGAAUAUGGGUUUUCAGAUGGCUGGAAAUGUGCGCAAGAAGAUGGAGGGCUCUGCAACGCUCCACAUUUUCGAUGUGAACGGUGUGGCGUGUCAACGUUUUGUGGAGAAAUUUUGUGAUUUUGGCUCUAUUAGGAUUGCGAGUUCCUCGAAAGAGGCUGCGAACAAUUCUGCAACAGUCAUUUCAAUGGUGCCUAUGGAUCAGCAUUGUCGAGCAGUCUAUCUCGAUCAUGAAACCGGGGUCAUCGCCGCUCGCGCCGAUCAAAAUCGAUUAAUCCUAGAAUGCAGCACUAUCAGUAUUACAACGGCUAAAGAGAUAGGUAACGCUAUCAUGGAGGCUGGCCGUGGGAGGUAUAUUGAUACACCAGUCUCUGGUGGUGUCGGCGGCGCAGAGGCUGCCACGCUAUCAUUCUUUUGCGGAUAUCCGAAUUCUGCAGACCAAGAUCCGCUCGCACAACGUGUUAAAGACGUUGUAGGUUGGAUGGGUGCGACUGAGCGAAUCAAUUUUUGUGGCUUUCUCGGAGCAGGACUUGUGAGCAAGAUUGCCAACAACUAUAUGGGUCUUUGCAAUCUUGCCGUGGCCGCCCAGGGCAUGGCUUUUGGGAUGCGGCAUGGAAUGGAUAAAGAAACCCUGUAUAGGUGUAUCAAAGGAUCCAGCGGCGACUCUUGGGUUCUGGAUUUCUCACAACCUGUGCCGGGAAUAGUUGCGCGAAGUGCAUCUAGUAACGGCUUCCGACCUGGAUUUACAUCUCGCUUGUGUCUCAAAGACAUCUCCAUGGCGAUCAAAGCGGCACAGGAAGUGGGCAUCAACGCAACUAUGGGAGGGACGGCUCUUAAGGAAUAUGAGAAGGCCGAUCAGGAUCCACGAACAACUGUGAGUCUUCUUCUUACUAUGCGAAUGAUGAUUUCUAACGAGCUGGUUUGCUCGGUGCAGAAUCUUGACUGCUCGUCUAUCUGGCUACACAUCAAUGACGAAAUUGAUGCCUUUUGCAAAUUAAAAUGA